AUGGAACCGACGUCCUUCACCUUCUGGUCUAAUUGCGACAACUCAGAGGUAUUUCUGGACAAGCUUCGCAGUGAGUGUCGUCGAAUGAGCGCUGGCGCACUGUGGUCUCUUGAAGAUACACUACAUCGCGCGCUACUACUCGUCCGGACCUCACUGAACAAUGCUUCCGGCAUUAAUAGAUUGCCUUCCGAGAUCCUACGAACCAUUUUUCAAGACGUCCUGGGGCCCGUGGAAGGGAAGAAGACAUUCCGGUGGCCUUCCUCCCAGUUGAGGUCUACACGAGGACGGUCGACCUUAGCCGAGGUCUGUCACGUUUGGCGGGAGAUCUGCCUGGACUGUGCAGCGUUGUGGAGUCACAUCGUUGACAUUUCUCCUGGAUCAUUUCGACAUUCACUCCCGAUCAUUCUGUCGCGCUCCAAAUCCACACCGCUGAAGGUGCUCUUGACGGCGGACGACCUACCUUGGAUGGAUAAUUUACUUCGAACCAAUGGCGCACGAAUACAAGAGCUGUUUGUGUGGUCUUUCACCAAUACGAAUGUCCAUCGCAGACUGGACUUUGCGGCUCCCGCGCUAGAACAAUUAACGAUCGCGGGGAAUGGUCCGAUUUCUACGGAUUUUCAUCCUCUUCUUUGCAUGGGGAACACACCAAAGCUGCAGAGUCUAACUUUGUGGUACACGUAUUGGACCCCUAACAAUUGUUUCCGGUCUCUAAAGCAACUUUGUUGCCGCUUCAAAUCUCAUUCGACCUCACAUGCAGUCAAUCUCCAGUCUUCCAACAUCAUUAGAUUCCUAUCUGGAUGUCCAAAUUUGGAAGAUGUCAUCCUCGUUCUUCCGUAUAAUCAUGUUGCCCAGGACAUUGCAGAGGACAGUCCAAGUGUUACCCUCAGCCGCCUGAAACGGCUUGUUCUGGAUGGUCCGCGCCCAGAACGGAACGCAUGGCUACUUCGCCAUCUCUCCAUACCCGCCGGUGUUUCCAUUCGUAUAAUGAAGACAACAGCUACCAAUGUACUGAGGCUCGCACGUGUGCUUCCGAGUCUUCCGGUCGUGCGUGGUUUUACGUCGCUCUGCAUUCAAUUCUCAGGAAUGCGCAUUGAAAUGCACCUACCAUUCACUUCAAUAGCCAAUGUUUCGCCAUUUCUGUGCAAGUUGUAUCCGCUGACGGACAUCCGCGAACUUCAUAUCGACGUUGCUGGGUACCGCCUACCGGACCGGAGGUCGGUUGACCCAUCGUGCAUUUUCCCAUAUCUCGAACUCUCUGCUUUCCCGUCAUUGUCGAAGCUUGUGUAUCACCACCCCACACAAGCAGGGAACCCACCUCACUGCCCAGAUCUCGCUACUCUGCACGUACGUCUUGGCCGUUCGCGGCUGAUGUUUGACGUUGUCGUUGAGUUCUCGAAGGCUCGGGCUGAAGCUGGUUACCCAUUGCACGAAGUGGUUGUAGGAUUCGAUGGAGAAGAUGCACAUAUGACCGCUUUGCAGCGCUCUUCCGGGACAGCCCAAAUGCGUGCGGACUGGACGCCCUCCCAGCUACAAUGGCCCGCCACGUCUACUGCAGCACCGCACGAGUACUGGGCGCCGUGGUGA